UUUGACUCUUGGACCGACAGCAUCAAAACUUGAAAAUGGUUACGAUGCUGGGUCUAAUACUGGUAUUGAUGGUUGGCAGUAUGGCUGGCAUGAAGGCUCACAAUGAAGACCUACACGACACAGUAAGCACCCUUGCCAAGCAACUUAUGAUGCAACAGCUUAUGUUUGAAGAGAGAAUUCGCAGUGAUGGAGAUAGCGGAUUGAAGCAAUGUCGGGUAAACAAUGGAGGUACAAAGCCCUACCACAUGCCGUCAUAUUCAUCUAAGAAAGGUGCUGGGUCAUGUCAUGAUCAUUCAAACCAUAUGAGAACACUUGGAAUUGGGGAGUUUGUGGCAGUGUUGAAUGGUGUUGAAUUUCGCACAAGGCACAAUGAUUAUCUCCUGAGAAUGCCGAGCAGAUCAUCUAUCGAAUAUGAAGCUAUGGAAGAUAUUCCAUUCCCGGAUGUUCCCCAAUCAGUUCUGGCACAAACAAAUGUUAAGGAUCAAAUCCAUGAGAUGCAGCAAUAUUUCAAAGCUUUCCAAAACCAGGACAGUACUAUACGAAAUUAUAAACCAUAUUUCAAGCCUGUACUAUGCUAUCUUGAAGGAGCAUGGACCACCGACUCAGAUGAUACUAUAACCGAGCCAUACGAAAGUGAUCGUCAUUGGUUAGAUGCACACAGUUGGAAAGACUUGGAACAGAAGAUACGCUUCAAUGCAUAUGCAGGACGCAAAAGCACCCUUGAAAACUAUGCCUUCUUACCACGGAAAAUCAUGAGCCUGAUCAAUGACACAAUCCCAGUAAUGGCCCAGUGGAAUUAUCGCAUACUCUGCCAUCCACUAAAGAAAGACCUUCCAACUGAUCGAUUCAGGGUGGUUGAUGACCUAGGUACACGUAUGAUGUUCUACCGUAACUUAGAUCAACACACAGGGUCGAGAAGAGCAAGGUUCCAGCUUCCAACCAAAGAUGCUCCAUGGAAUGAGUACUCAGAUAAGAUGACCUCUCAUAGAGAACUCUUGGAUGAGUUAAUGGAACAAAUACCCGGCAAGGACAAUUAUGGUGCCUUUCAUGUAGAUGAAGCAUUUGGUCUUAAAGCACAUAAAGUGAAAUCCUUGGAAACAAAAAAUGCUGGGUAUUAUCACAGAUGGUACCAGACUGACAAGAAAGGUGCGAUGGGGCUGUCUUUACGCCAUCGAGGUUUCGCUGACAAAAAUGUCUUCAUGGCCAUGACACGCCAGACAAAAGUUGCCCCAAUGGAAGUGGAGGACUGCAAGGGAGAGGGCAGUGAUAGGGUGUGUAAGAAAUACAAACAACGAUGGACCUAUGCUAUUCCACUUGAAAUUGUCUACAUGACCCCUUUGUUGAAGUGGAACCCAUAUGAUAUAGAAUAUAAAGGGGAUGCCAGCUCGCCUAAAGGACAAUCUGUCGAGGAAAAUGGUAAACGUACUGGAGGUUUCUCCAGAGCAACAGCAUACAAUGGGACUCAUCACCAACUGUACUACCACACACCAGCAGAAUUCUUCCAGGGACGUGUGGUAGACGUUGAUAAAGCAGACACCUUCAAAGGUUCAUCAGGUGUCCUGGACAAACGUGGUAUUGUGCGACCGAUGACAUCAUCAGGCACAAGAGUUGUGCUCCCAAAUAUCCCAUAUAUCGGAAUGGUGCGUCAACGCUAUCCCAUAAUGCCUAUCCACAGUGAAGGUAAUGCAAUAUGGAAAGAACUUUCGGCACUUAAAGAUAUAAUCAUGGACCUGAAACAUUAUGGAUACAUGAUGGAGAAACUUCCGGAUGGUUCUAAACCUAAGCUUAAGGACUACCUUAAACAUUCAUACAAUGAAAAAGGCUACAAAUUCUACCUUGACUAUGCAAGCGGUGCCCCAGGAGCCUAUGUUGGUCGACACAGGCAUCAUUUCAUUCUCCUAAAAGAAGACAUGGAGACCCUGAAGAGCAGAAGGCCAGUCACAGUGAUCACAACAGAGAAUAACGGGCAUUCCCAUAUGAUCACUGUAAGAAUCCCAGGCAGUAGGGCAGUGGGGGAACCUAAAAUGUUCCGCUGUGACGGAGAAGAAGUUUGCUGGGAUGGUCACACAAGAAUGAUGCAUAUCAAGCGUGAUGGUGAAGCUCCAAGAUUUUAUAAUGGAAGAAAUUAGGGUUUGACUACAGAACUUGACUUUUCAGGCUAUACUGAAAGUUACAUUAAUCAUACAUGUAUGAUGCCAUAGUGCAAAAUUCAGCAAUUAUACUUAUAUAUUUUUAAUUAAUUAUCAAUUGUGUUUUACUCUUAAAUGAAUUUGUGAUGAUUCAGUUAAGCAUAUUGAGUGCAACUGUGAC